AUGGGAACCAAAUAUGCCGCAGACAAACAAGCAGCACAACAAGAACAACGCCAGAAACAACUGCAGCGAAGAUCCGAAUCGUACGAUGAUGAUGGGGAAAACAGUCUUCCCUUUCGCAGGAACAAACCCCCACCCAACCCUCUGGAAGCUCACUACGAUCCCACAUUACUAGCCAGCCAACAGACCAUUCCACUGGGUGCUUCCUUUUUACCAUCUCCCUUGGUUCACAAUGCUCUCUUGCCCAUUGUGGUGGGUUUGCCCAAUGGUGCUUUGAGGGAGCCUAUUUUGAAUGCCACUGUGAAUUCCAUUCCCAUGGCGCAACCUGCUUUGAACGAUGUGGUGAAGAAUACCAUGAUACAAUUCUUAUCGAAUCCUCAUUGGAAAGAAGUUGUGCAGAAUCAAACCAACAAGACACUUAUCGGGAGUAAUCGUGGCUAG